AUGACAAACACUGAGUUUGAAACAGUUAAAAAGAUAGACAAUGACACCAAAAUGGUUAGAAUUGGUGAUUUAAACGUAAGAUACUCAAAGAAAUACAACAAAUAUUCUUUGUCAGACAUUAUAUCUCCAUCUGGAAAGAGAGCAAAGGACUGGGUUAAAAAUGCUUCUACUCAGAAAAUUUUGACAAGAAAUCCUGAGCUUAUGAUAUCGGUAAGAUUCUAUGGAACUGCAGCAUAUCUUAUAGACAAAAGUCUUAUACCAAUAGUUUUGUUAUGGUUAGACCCAGUUGUUGGAUAUAACUUCAUAACAUAUGGUUCAUUCGAUACGGAACGUUGCAGUGAAGGCUUACUUUACAUCGUUCAGAAACCGAAGGACUUCAAUACAAAGAGAUAUAAGAUAGGAAGAACAUAUAAUAUAACUCAAAGAUAUGACAGUAUAGUCAAUAGAGUUAAGGUUGUGUUCGUUAA